UCGCAGGACUACGGCGCUCGUGUGGUGGUUUGUGUGCACGUAGUGUACGUCUAUUCUAGCAGUGAGCCAGGAGGAUCAUUGUUGGCUUCUGCUCAACACGUAUACACACGCGAGGCGCGCGAGCGGUGCUUAAAAUUACUGCGGCUGCUGCAGUGCGCGUGAAUCUCUAUAUGCAAGUUCAUCUGUCUGUCUCUUUCCGCCGAGUCAAGCUCGGAGCUUUGCUCCUCUCUCGCUUCUUUUCUUGUUGGUUGAUUGUUGUUCGACGCGUGCCAGUGAUACGUACCCAGCUUUGUGAGCUUUUUUUGCAAUUCGAACUUGUGCAGCCAAUAUAGAGGGCGAUUCGAUACACUUGGUUUUAUACAUUGAUUUGUGGUGCGCGGAUGGAUCGUAAGACAAAUUUUGAGUUCAUGCUCGGCUGUGAUAAUUUGUUUUUGCUGCCACUGCCGCUGCUAUUGCUGCUCCUGCUGUUGUCCUCGUCGACUGAAGCUUCAUUCAGCCAGCUAUGAGAUCUAAAUCGAUCGCUAGGAGACUUGCACAGGGAAGCAGCGACGAGGGCGAGCCAGCUAGUGGCGGAGCGAGGAGCGUCGGGGGUGGCUGCGAGAGCGGCGAAAUGGAGGAGAACGGCUCGUUGCGCUCGUUGAGCUCGGCCUCGAGCAGCGUAGGAGGAGGCGGCGGUGGCAGUGGCGUUGGCGGCGGUAUCGACGUCGGCGCCGGGGCCGGCGACAGCCUCAGCCAGUCGUCGGCCAGCGCCGCCGCUUUUCAACAGCAACUACAGCAGCAGCGAAGCCAACUCGGCGACUACAGCAGGCUCAUACCGAGCAACGUGCUCGAGAACGUGCUCGGCAACGCGCGACUUACCAAUCUCGACUGCUUCAAUCUGCUCAUGAGCGAGCUGAAGCAGCGCACCUCGAUGGACGGGAACGCGAUCCUGCCCGAGGAUCACGACGCUCGCCAGCUGACCAGAUAUCUGCUCGGCCUGUCGCACGAAAAGUUCCAACAAGUGGCGAAGGAAAUGGUGAGUCAGGAGAUGCUGCCGAAGGCCAUCGAGCUGAGACUCUCGUCCGCGGGCCGACCGUUCGUGCGAGCUCGCAAAGACAUCAGACCCGGCGAAAUUAUCGAAUUGCCCAGAUGCAACAGCGGCAACAUCUGGUGGAGCACCAAUCCCAAAUUCGACGAGACUUACUACGGAGUGGUGGUGAAAAAGGAUUGGUUCAGGUUCGUUCCCGUCGUAUGCAAUAAAAAUGAGGCGAACGUGGAAAAACUUCACAAUCAAGAUGGAUGGGGAUAUUAUUUGGCGAAGAAAACGAUAUACGCCGGCGAAGAGCUGAUCUCGUACGUGGCGCCGGGACAAGAGCAAGAACAACAGCAGCAACAACAGCAACAACAGCAGCGACAGCGUCAGCAACAGCAACAGCAACGGCUGACCGAGGACGAAAACACCAGCGAGUUCGCGUCUCAACAUAGUGGUACGUCGCAUGCGGAUGAUGAUCGUUAUGACGAUUUAGAGUUACCAGUUGUCAUAAAGUGUGCCGUGUGUAACAAGUCAUUCUUCGACAUCGAGGUACUCAACAGCCAUCUCAUCACGAAGCAUCGAUACCCCUCGGGCGUGCACAACUGCAAGAGCUGUCCGGCCGCGUACGCCUGGCUGCCGCUGCUCGUUCGGCACCGAGUCGUCGCCCACGGCGACGUGCGCAAGUACUGCUGCGAGAACUGCACCAAGCCGUGUGACUCGCCGCAGGUCUUCACCGACGCCUCGAAUCUCCAGCGCCACAUCCGGAGCCACCACGUGGGCGCCCGCAGCCACGCGUGCUCGCAGUGCGGCAAGACCUUCGCCACGAGCUCGGGCCUCAAGCAGCACGCCCACAUACACAGCAGCGUCAAGCCGUUCAUCUGUCCGGUCUGCAAGAAGUCCUACACGCAGUUCUCGAAUCUCUGCCGGCACAAGCGCAUGCACACCAAGUGCCAGACCCCGAUAGUCUGCGACAAGUGCAACGCCACCUUCCAGACGACCUCGCACCUCACCAAGCACAAGAAGUGCUGCGGCACCUUCCCCUCGCUGCAGUCGCCCCAGCAGCAGCACCAGCAGCACCACCAACAGUCGGGUCAGCUUCCUCCGUCGGCGCAGCAGCAGCCCGCCGGGGUGGCGCCGCUGCCGCAGCCACCGAGCGACACCAACAUGCAGACCAAUCCCUUCCUCUAUCCAGGACAGUCGCUCUUCCCGCACUUCUAUCCGUCUGAUUUCAUGAACUAUCAAUCGAGCAGCUUGUUGCGCGACUACUCCAUGCACUGCUUUCAACCCAAGAUCGACGGCUUACUGUCGGCGACGAUGGACAGACGAUUUUUGGAAACGACUCAGCAGCCGCUCAAGCUCGAACCGAAACGGGAGGACGAUCCUCGACAGCAGGAUAGUCAGACGCCGCCGCGAAUGAUUCCGCCAACCAGUCAGGAGCUGCAGGUCUCCAGCAAAGUGUCGCCCAGCGCCGCGGAAGAGGCGACCUCGAGCUUGAGACCGUCGCCGGCGAGACCACCGGCGUCCCAGACCGAGCGCGAGCACGAGCGUUCGCGUAGCUCGGAAGAGGAGGAGGAGCCAAGAAUAAAGGCCGAAAUAAAGGCCGAAGUCAAGGCCGAAGUGAAAAAUGAAUCGUCCGAUUCGCCGACGGAGCUACCGUUGGAUCUCAGCGUGUCGAAAAAACACCAACACGAAGACGACGACGAAGAUAAAGAGUACGAGGUUAAAGACGUAGUUAAGAGAAGAAGGACUAGCUUCGAAUCCGAAGUAGAAGAACGACGCAGCGAUGCAAAGUCGGCGUCGCCCCAACCGACCACGACGAGAAAGAUCGAUCCGGAGUCGCCGAUAGCUAGAUCUAGAUCGUCGCGAGAAAAGACACUGUCUCCCGAUAUCAAAAAUACCCCUGUACAUAGCAGCAGCAGCCCGCUACGGCCGAGCCAAGAGAGGACGCUGACCCCGCCCACGCUGUCGCAUCACGAGGCAGCGCUGGCGCCGCACAUGGUCUAUCCGAAACCCGUGCACCACCCACUGUUCCUCGAAAACAUGUACCGUAACCAGUCGGUGAGUCAGUUUCCCAAUUUCUCAGCGGCGACGAAUCCUCUGCAGACCAUGCAGGCGUACGGUCGUGGCUUGCCUUUUCUAGGUCCCUUCGGCAAUGGCUUCGGCGCGCCGCCGAGGCCCAAUUACUCCGCCGUGCUUCAGAGAGCGCCCACGGCCGCCUCGGCUUACGGCUCGUUCGCUGCCGACGCGAUGAUGGCCGCGGCCGCGGCCCGCCACCAGCCGCAGCAGCAUCAUCAUCAGCAGCCGCCGCCCGCCCUCUUCUCGAGCGCCGUGACGCAGAACCGAGUGCGCGACAGAUACUCGUGCAAGUUCUGCGGCAAGAAUUUCCCGCGCUCGGCCAAUCUCACGCGGCAUCUGCGCACCCACACGGGCGAACAGCCCUACAAGUGCAAAUUCUGCGAGCGCAGCUUCAGCAUCUCGAGCAACCUGCAGCGUCAUGUGAGAAAUAUACAUCACAAGGAGCGGCCCUUCGAGUGUCAGACGUGCAAGCGAUGCUUCGGCCAGCAGACGAAUCUCGAUCGGCAUCUGAAAAAGCACGAGGCCGAGGACGGUACGAUGGUGGCGUCGGUGGCCGACUCGGCCGAGAGCAGCAACGAGAACGAGCGCGACGAGUCCGCCUACUUCGACGAGAUACGCUCGUUCAUGGGCAAAGUCACCUACAACGGCGGCGCCGGCGGGGGAGCUCGCAACGAGCCCUACGACUUCACUCCACCGCACCAGCAGGCGGCCCACAUACCCAGCGCCAACGCGAGCUUCGAAGCCGCCGCCGCGGUGUCGUCCAAGAUCGCCGACAGCAGCAUCGUCCACGACGACAGCAGCGAGGAUGCCCUGUCGCCCGAGGCCACCUCGCCGCAGCGCUUCGAUCUGCAGAUCGAGGGCAAGCGAGAACUGUUGAACAACAACAUGGUUGAGCCGGUUCUCGGCGUGUCCACAUAGUUAAAGCAUCGUUUUUAUUCUGCUUUUUCUCUUUGGCCGUGAAAAUGAUUCCAAUGUUAAAAGGCUUGACACCGUGCUCGACACAAAUCAUUGUUACUUAACUGAUAAGUUGAUGUGUAUGCUGUGAGAAUUAUAUAAAAUAUAUGUAAGCAGUAUGCGAUUUUAUGCUUCGUCUGUCCCGUACGCGGAUUGGUAAUUUUAUUUAUGUAUUAUAUGAAUUUUUUUCCGACAAUAGGAGGGGGAAAAAUUGUUGAUAUUUUGAUGACCGGUCAACUUUUUAAAAUUGUAUCACAUCGCCAAUCUAAGAAGUUUUCAGAAUUUCAUUACUUCAUGUUACAUAAUUCACGUGAGAAUCAAUGAAAAAUUGUUUGCGACAAUGCGUGGAGUGAAUCGAAAACUUUAAACACAUAGUAUAGUUUGAUGUGUAUGUUAUCAUUGAUAUAAAAAUUGUUAUUAGUUAUUAGUUUAAUAAAGAAAAAUUAAUGAUCGUUCCUGAUAAACGACUGAGUUAUCUUAUAGUUCAUUUUAAACGAAAAAUUAGACGAGGAUCAACAAUCUUCAGGAAUAAAAAACAAACUAGUAUUGCAUUGGCUAAACGAUUCGUUAUUCAAAAUUAGAUUAGUCAAUUGAAGCCAAAGCAUCGAAUGAGUAAAUAAUAAAAAUCGAACGAGUGGAACGUGUAAAUUAGUUAUGUAAUAAUCGAUUCAUCUUUUAAGGUCUCCGGAAUGUACAAAGUUUUAAAAUAAUGCGUUAAAAUAAACCGCGAUUUUUGUAAAAAGUUUACGUAGUUUUUAAUAUUAAU